CAACACAGCCGCUCGCUCGCUCGAUCGAUCUUCUUUCAUCAAGCUUCUACCCUUCUCUCUAGGGCAUAUAAAUGGCUGGAGGUCGAUUUCGUGAACUCUUGAAGAAAUAUGGAAAGGUUGCAUUAGGAGUACAUUUUUCUGUAUCCGCGGCUUCAAUCGCCGGUCUCUAUGUCGCCAUCAACAACAACGUGGACGUGGAAUCCAUCCUUGAAAGAGUCGGUAUGGGAGGUGUCGACAAAAAGACUGAAGAAGAUCCACAAUCAAUCCGCGAACCGAGUGAUGAAUUCGUCCUCCUCGAAGAAACAACCUCUGGCCAACAGAUGAAGAAAAACAACAGCAAUCGGACUUCUGAGCUUGUUGCUUCUAGUGGCGGUGCUCUUGCUCUUGCCUUCCUCUGCAACAAGGCGCUGUUUCCGAUUAGGGUUCCAAUCACGAUUGCCGUUACUCCUCCUCUCGCCAGGUUCUUAGCAAGGCGCGGGAUCAUCAAUAAGAGUGUAUGAUCUUUAUUUCUCUCCAUCCAUUUACGUUUUUGUUGUAAACAAGGUUAGGGGAGAGAGAAGAAGCUUGAUUUGAUUGAAGAGUAUAUUUAGAUAGAAUUUGAUUUGCUUUUGAAUUUUGAGAUCUAUGCUUCUCUUCAUAGAUUCAUGCUUUUUCCUUUUUCACUCAUGCGACAUCAACAACUUUCUCAUCACAAUGAAUAAUAAUGUGAUUAUUAUUGA